AUGCUUUGUCUACUAGGAGCGCCACCGUGCAAACAACCUGCUGAAGGGAUAGACAAUAAAUUUAUGAUUAAAUUUUGCGUAAAAACUAUUUGAAUAAUUCGAAAUAAACGGUGAAAGUUUUAUUUGAUGCAAGUCGGGAGCCGACUACCCUGCCAUCAUGUUUGCAAAGAAGAAGAAAAAGCCACAAAUUUCAACGCCAACAAAUUUUGAACACAGAGUUCACACAGGUUUUGACAAACGUGAGGGUAAAUUUGUUGGCUUACCAUUACAAUGGGCUUCGAUUGUUGGCAACAAUCCGACUAAUCGACCUUUACCGCUGGUUGAUCCGAGUGAAAUAACACCCACCGAAAUUUUAGACUUGAAAACAAUUGUCAGAGGUCAUAAUGAUCCUAGGGUCAGAAUACCAGGUGACAAAACCACCGAAAAUGGCUUGCCGAAAACAAGCAAUGUUGCAAGAUCUAAUUCUUUGAGGUCAUCGAGCCCUCCGAGGCUCAGGAGAGAUUACAGAAACAAUACGAAUCUUCCACCAUCUGUCCCUGAGGGGCAGGAAAUGACGACAAAUACUGUUCAACCUCAAACUUAUUCAAAUUUUGGAAAACCACACUCUUAUACAGACGGCUACAGACAAAGUUCAUCAAACUUGCCUUCUAAUUUACAAAAUUUAAAUCCUAACGUACAAAAUAUGAAUUCAAAUUCACAGAACGUAAAUCCAAAUCUACCAAAUUUCGUUCCGAAUGUUCAAAACAUGAAUCCAAAUAUGCAGUCUUCGCCCAAUUUGACUCAUUUGAACUCGAAUAGUCAGAACCUAAUGCUCAAUUUCCAAAACUUGAGCCCCAUUUCAAAUUUACAAGGUGUUGGCAAUAAUCCAAACUUACCAACUUCAAAUCCAAAUACUCCUCAGCCUUCAGAACAUGAUUUCCAAAGACUUAAUCAACCGUCUAACAGCAGUCAAUCAAUGGGUCAAUACAACGGGAGCAUUCAGGUUGCAAGCGUUGACUCUCCUGCAUCCAGAGAUCAUACCAUGUCUCACGGACUUAUGGUUCAAAAAAUUCAACCAAAGAUAUCCCCCGUUGGCUCCAUAGCUUCGCAGAGAUCUUUGAGUCAGCUGAGCUCUCAUAAUCUCACUAAACAUUCUCAAGCUUACGGGGUUCCUGAGAAUUCUCAGAAUAUACACACACACUUCCAGAAGCCAAUUGAGUCCUCCCAGUCCAUGCAUAAUUUAUCAAAAUCUGGAACAACGUCUGCCACUCCUGUCACAACUUCAACCCCUGAUCAGAAUCAAAACUUGAAGAGUUCCGUGUCGUCAGGAAAUUUGGCCACUGGAUCAGCUAGUAAUGCAAACAAGCAAAGUGCUGAGCAUAGAUUAACGCAUGAACAGUUUAGAGCUGCCUUACAGAUGGUAGUCAGCCGAGGAGACCCGAGAGAAAAUCUGGAAAACUUCUUGAAAAUAGGAGAGGGAAGUACCGGCACAGUUUGUAUAGCUACAGACAAAAGUACUAACCGUCAAGUGGCGGUGAAAAAAAUGGAUUUGCGGAAACAACAAAGGAGAGAACUCUUGUUCAAUGAAGUUGUGAUAAUGCGCGAUUAUCACCAUCCAAAUAUCGUUGAAAUGUAUGAUAGCUUUUUGGUCAAUGAUGAAUUGUGGGUUGUAAUGGAAUAUCUUGAAGGUGGCGCGCUCACAGAUAUAGUAACGCACUCAAGGAUGGAUGAAAGUCAAAUAGCCACUGUUUGUUCCCAGUGUCUAAAACCUUUGGCAUAUUUACAUUCUCAGGGAGUUAUUCAUAGAGAUAUUAAAUCUGAUUCCAUCUUACUUGCCGCGGAUGGUAGAGUAAAAUUGUCAGACUUUGGGUUUUGUGCCCAAGUCUCCCAAGAACUACCAAAAAGAAAGUCCUUGGUCGGCACUCCUUACUGGAUGAGUCCUGAAGUAAUAUCGAGGUUACCGUAUGGUCCGGAAGUUGACAUCUGGUCGCUGGGUAUCAUGAUCAUAGAGAUGGUGGAUGGAGAGCCGCCAUUCUUUAAUGAGCCACCUUUGCAAGCGAUGCGAAGAAUAAGAGACAUGCCACCUCCUAAGUUAAAAAAUUCCCACAAGGUAAGCCCUCGACUCCAAGGUUUCCUUGAAAGAAUGUUGGUACGUGAUCCUGCCCAACGAGCUACGGCUGCUGAGUUACUUCAACAUCCAUUUUUGAGGCAGGCUCAAAGCCCCAGCAUUCUGAUACCACUGAUGCGUGGUGCAAGGCAUACAACCUGUUGAAAUAUCCUGUAGAGGUAUCCACACAAUCUACGAGUUAAAAAUUUUUCAUUUCAAAAGCAAAAGUAAUAUUUUACAGAUGUUGGAAAUUGAACAGAAAUCGAAUUAACACAAGUAGAUACCUCAAUAAGAAUGGAAAGAUCAUUUUUGUACAAUAUUUUCUGACAAUGCUGAACAAUUUCAGUUUCAUUAUGUAUGUAAUAAGACCAAUGUCAAGCUACACGUUAUAACGAUGUUGAAAUGCUUGACUCUUGCUUGUAAUUUCUAUUUAGCACCUGAUAUUAGAAUUGAAAUGUUUCGAAUAUUCCAAAUAAGGCAUGAAUAUUAGAUAAAUCUUAUUACAACAUAAAAUUAUUCUGCUGUAACUAUGGCUGCUAUCUCUCAUGUGAUACAUUUUUCAACUUCAUAUAACUGACCGUCCUCAUUUUUUUCUCUUCUUACAUUCUCAUGUAUAAUAAAUUUGCUAAGAGGCAGCUAAAAUUAAAUUAUAAUAGUGAUCGUGAUAGAUAUAGUAACAACAGUGUAACCUUACAACCAUCACAAAAAAAAGUUCGAGUGUCAUUUUUAUUCGCAAACACUUCAAUUUGCACAGAUAUUGAAGCAUGUGCUUAGGUAAAUAAAAAUCUUUCAGUCCGUGUUAUUUAUGUUAUUGUGGGACACAGCAAGCCCAUUUUAAAUAACAACUUAUAUUGUCAGUAACUGGCAGCUUUAAAAAACGAAAAUAUUUUAUACACGAUACUAUAAUAAUAAAAGCCUUAUAUUCGUUGCAUGUAGAAAAAAUAGAAACCAACAUACCAUUUGUAAGUGCCUCAUAAGUAUGAAUAAUGUUGAUUCAAAAGUAAAUUGUAAAUAUUUAAUUUAAAAUAUUGUGCGUUAUAACAAAAUAUGCAUCAUCAAAAUGCAUGGAAAAAAAGGUAAUUAAAUAGAUAAUAAAUGUUAAACUCCAUGAUAACUAUAAAUGUAACUAUAACUUAUAAUUACUGUUAAACUUACACCAGAUUAUUACAAAUUUGAAAAAAGACUGUUGGGACACCCUGUUGAAGGUGGUUGCAUAUAUCUCUUAUAUUAAAAAAAUCUGGUUCGUAUACCGAUAUAAUCGAAGCUAGAGUCCUGCAAUAAAUUGAAGAAUCUGCAGAAAAACACAUUCUCACAUAUAUGUUACGCUCCAGCACUUUUUAAAAAUUAUUAAAUUUAAUAUCUUAGAUGAAUGCUAAUAUUAAGAAAAAAAAUUACAUUCCACUUAUGGAAAUUGAUGCUUGGGAGAAAAUUAACACGUUUUAGAAUCACCGAACAUUGAAUAUCUAAAUAAGUAAUUGAUUUGUCAGUGUUAGAGUUUGUCAGGGUAGGCUGAAAAAUAAUGCUUAGUAUAUAACUGAUUGUAUUUUUCAAUGCAUUCCAAAAAAACUGAGAUUCUAACAAAGGAUGAGAUUUUUCUAUAAAGCCUUGGAAGUAUUAAAAUUUAAUUGUCACCUACUAAUCACCUGUUCACUUUGCAUGCACAGUUUUGUAGGAAAGUUUUUAUGCAAAUUGACGUAACAUGAAGUAUGAUAAGGUCCGCAUCCUAUAAUAAUUGACGUAAUCAAAUAAUUAUUGAAGUUUAAAAAGUGCCUUAUAUUAUAGGGAUUUCAAAUACAGGCAAACCGUAUGAAAGUAUUAUAGCAUAUUAAGGGCCAAUUACUUAUUGAAAUUGUUGAAUUGUAGAAAUAUAUUAUUUCCCUUAUAAUAAUUGAACGUUUUUAUUAUUCCUUCUUUUCUAACCUCAACUCUGAGCACUGUAGUUGAUUAAAUUAAUAAUAUCUACUGUAUGAUCUAGAACACAAUAAAAUAUGAUAUAUACAUAUACAUAUAUACACACAUAUAUAU